AUGAGCUUCUUUGAAAACAUUACACUGCGACGAAGGCGAACAAAUUCCGACUCGAACUUAAUAAAUAGUAGCCAGUUUUCGACGAGUACCCACAACGACGAUAAUAGCAUGGGAAGUAUGCCUGACCUAUCCGUUGACGCCGAUAAUGAACAAAUUACACAAUUAAAACAACGAAUUCAAAACCUUGAGCAGGAACUUAAAAGUGCCCACUUAGAAAUUGAAUCAUUAUCUUUAGAAAAUAGUAGUCUCAAACAAACUAAUGAUGAACUACUAAGAAAGAAUAAGUUUUACAAUACAAUAUCAUGCAGUCCCAGAAAGAAAAAUACUCCAAAUAAACCUGUCCAAACUAAAACAAAAAAGGGAAAAAUGAAAAGUGCCAAUACACAAACCACAAUGUAUCCAAUGUCACCAGUUCUAACCGAAAGUUGUGAUGACGCAAACUCAAAGCACACAGCCACUGAUCAUCUACGUAAGACCUAUCCCGUAACACAAACGCAAAACAAGCUCACCAAGAAAUUAAAUACAAUACAUAUAGUGAGCAGUAACAAGAAAAAUAAAAUAUUAACUAUAGCCGAAAAUACCUUCCCUGACAAAUAUAAAUUAUGUCAUUACUUGUUACCAAACUCUAAUACUGAACAACUAAUAAAAAACAUUGAAAUUAAAUUACAUGGAAUGACAAUGAACGACUUCUGUGUAUUAAUGAUAGGCGAAGAAGAUUUUAAUACAACUAAAGAUUACAUUUAUAUUAUAUCAAAAUUGAAACAGACUUUACAAAGACAGAAAUUCACAAACAUAAUUAUAUGCGCACCGACAUACAAAUGCGGCUCGCAUAUAGGUAGUAUGUAUAACUGGCGAGUACAGAACUUCAAUAAUAAAUUGUACUUGGACGUACUGCAGUACGAGUAUGCAUACUUCCUGGACACCAACAAAAAUCUUCGAUGGGGUGAAAUGUUUCACAAAACUAAUGGAACAGUUAACAAUUAUGGUAUGUCAAUCAUAUUUAAAGACGUUAUUGACUUCAUAACAGGAAUAUCGGAAGAAUUGACAGCAUCUUCGAAUGAUCAAUGCUCAAACAACCAAGAGAGUCAAGGUGUGAUCGAUUGCACAUUUUUUCGUGAAUAA